GCGGCAGCGGUCUGAAGCGCGCACCCGCGGCCUGAGCAGGAGGAGGACAGAAGGAGGACCGAAGGCGGCAGAAAGACUCAUAAAGCCCGUAUAUUCUGCAGCUCCAGCACCGGACCGGCCCAACCAUGUCAGAGGAGAAGCCCAAGGAGGGAGUCAAAACCGAGAACGACCACAUCAACCUCAAAGUGGCGGGACAGGACGGCUCCGUGGUCCAGUUCAAAAUCAAACGGCACACACCGCUCAGCAAACUCAUGAAGGCGUACUGCGAGAGACAGGGUCUUUCAAUAAGGCAGAUCAGAUUCAGGUUCGAUGGACAGCCUAUAAACGAGACGGACACCCCGGCACAGCUGGAGAUGGAGGAUGAAGACACCAUAGACGUGUUCCAACAGCAAACAGGAGGUCACUGCUAAGCCUCUCCACCCCACCAUGACCACCCUCCGAUCUCCCUCUCCGUCUCCACCGUUCAACCUCCUUUCCCCUUUUCUUAUAAUGACCUCAGUUUGUCGUCGCCAUGGCGCUCUCCGGCAGGUGUGGGAGAAGGGGGGCGUCUCCGGGACUUAAAAGUUUGUUUAAACCGCGUUGGGACCGGCAGUGUCAGGGCUGUGUCUGGUCUAGUAUUUUGUAGGUUCCACUUGUCCUGUGGUCAGCCAUUUUGGCACGCCCACUUUCAUUUCACAUUCUUGUAUUGUCUUGACUCUUGCUCUCAUGUCAAUAUAUUUUAAUCGUAUCUGCAUUUUUAUGACAUUUUAGGGAGUUCAUUUUUGCGCAAAUACAUUUAUGGUUUUGCCGGCUUGUAUACUCACUCUACUCAACUCUACUCAGUGGCUCUUGGAUGUUAGCGAAGUACCCAAACUCGACCACUGUUUCAAAACCUGACUGCAGCUGUAUUGUCAUUCGAAAUAGACAUUUUAAUAAGACAAAACGAGUGAGAAUAUGUACAUUGUGUCAUUAAAUUACAUCGUUAAAUUUUGAGUACAAAAGGUGAAUUGUGUGACUUUUUGGUGGAGUGUGUGCCACCUGCUGGUGUCCUUUUGAGAUGAGAUUUUUUUUUUUUUUUUUGUGUGUGCGUGUGUCAUGUUCCACAGUGUGGCAUUAACCUUAUUUGACAAGCAGGGGAUGCAGGGAAGUUUAAGGUCAGGUCUCUGGAGAGGUGACCCCGUGCUCACUAACCUGUUAGCUCCCGCGUUCCUAAUAGAAAGUGAUCAUGGGCACAUUUUUGGCGCCAUCAAUUCCAAUUUGGCUCCAGGUCACUUUCUAUUGAAAAAAACUUUGCCCCUCUCUCUGUAACUGCUGCUGUCACACUCGUCAUUCUGGUCUUAAAAUCUUUGUAUUAACCCCAUUUACAUGAUCCUGGGGUUUCUAUUUCCCUCUUUUGUCUGUAAAUCAAGAUCUGAACAUUAAUAACAAACAAAUCAGGCUCCUUCUUUCCCAGAGGUCAUUCCUGCUAGGGUUGGCAACUAAAUCAGCGGUUCAGGCGGGAAGAGGCAUUAACUUUAACACCUUCACUCUGGAUUGGCGCUUUGGUUGAUCAAUCUAAUGCCAUACUGUGAGAUAUUCUAGGGAAAGAAAUAACAUCUCCAUAGAGACCAGGAGGUGGAAGACCCUCAAGUAGAAAGUUACUUGUUGCACCUUUUUUUUUUUUUUUUAAGUCCAGCUUAUGUCAUAUUCUCAAGUGGAUUUGGGUUUGUCGAACUUUGAUGGUUACGCUACUGAAAGCUAGCUUGUCCCGUGGGUGGGAUAGCAUUUCGACAAACCUUCAAUAGUGAGAAAUGUGUUUUGUGUUGUCUGCUGUCCCAUUUUAAUUUUUUUUUUUUUUUUUUUUAACUUGUUUGUACAAGAAGAAAGUGCAGGCCAUUCGGCUGAACACCCUUACAACAGAGUGUGAAAACUAAAAAGAUGUUGCGCCAGUGUCUCCAAUAUUGCAAAAUGUAAACAACAUGGCUGCAUAGUUGGUAGGCAGGGAGGGCACGAUGAACAAACCAGU